AUGUCUUCGCCUGGUGUUGGUUCAUCUGAUGUGGCGGAUAAGCUUCACGCCAUGGCCUCUGCUGCGCCUCAGGAGCCCCUUCAGGACACGUACUGCACUUACCAAGCUCACCCACAAGACAACGCCAAUACGGCUCCACUAAGCACCGUUGGCUUGGAUCUUGAUCGCAACGGCGCUUCAGUCGAUACCGAUGCAUCUGGUACUGACCAUACUGACGUGAAGCCCCAAGACGCAAUGCUUCCACAAGAGGAAGGAGCAGCACUUCAAAUGAGUCCUCAUGAACGAGCCGCCCGCGCGCAUAUGGACCCCCUGGGGUUUGCACACGGAACCCUUCAUGCCUCAGUUGCGAACAGAAGCACGGUGCAACCGGGGUCACUAGCGGGGGAAUCGCGGUCCAUCAGUGCUGCACCAACUCCAGACAGCACCUCUCCGCCAAAAGAUGCUUGCCCUCAGUCUGCUCGAGACAUCUCCAGUACAUGUCAACCGCAAGCUCCCCAUAGACGAACCGUUGUAGUAGGAGAUGACGUCAUAUGUGACAUUUCAUCGCAGCCCAGAUUAAACGACGUGGACCAAAAUGCAAUCCAGAGUGCAGACAUGAUUUAUCCAAGCGAGAGCGCAGUGCACAGAUCUCAAACCAUGGGUACACCUGACACGACAAGUAUCUCUGCAGUAGUAACCAGCUCCUCAAAUCCGACUACCCCAGGCAUCACAGCAUCAGCCUUAUCCGCGCCCAAGGACAUUGGCGACGCUGAUUUGCAUCCCGACUUUGGUGAAAUCCAAGGUGGAAAACCACAAAUAAGUACCAGUGAUUGCAGGCCAAGCAGUCCUUACCAUGAGUCAAUAGUCAGCGCGCAAGAGUCCGCCCCCUUCACACCGCAAGUUCAGCCCUCGCAAGAAAAGCCUCAGGAUCCAAGCUCCGCACUUCAACAGGCAUCACAACCGAAGGACCCUGAAAGUCAUGAUCUCAAUGCGAGUGGUGCACCCUGUAACUCCACUUCCGAGUCUCAAGACCAACCGACUACGGGAGCUUCGCCGACAGCCGCUACGCGGAGGAGCCCGUCAGGAAUUCCCCAGGAAACCAUUCUAUCGGAGUUGAAAGCGCACAAGGCUGCCCUAUUAACUUCUCUGCGUAGUCUCCCGGCGAUUCAGGUUCUUAUGGAAGAAAUGGCGUCUUCUGACGGUGGCGCAGAUGGACGGUAUGACGAGCCUACUGACGCGGACGUUAUGGCCGCAGCGAACAAAGUCGUCAAAGAACACAUCAAGCUACUGCAUGAGUAUAAUGAAUUGAAGGACGUGGGCCAGGGUCUUAUGGGUCUGAUCGCCGACCAGCGGGGUGUCAGGAUUGUGGAGGUUCAAGAAGAGUUUAGCAUUGAUGCAGAAGACUGA